AUGGCCAAAGUCCCCCGCUCUUUCCGGCUCCUCUCUGAACUCGAGCACGGCGAGAAAGGAAUCGGAGAUGGCUCCUGCUCGUACGGGCUCAAGGACGGCGACGAUAUUGCCAUGUACGAGUGGAAUGGCACCAUCAUCGGGCCGCCCCAUUCGGCUUAUGAGAAUAGGAUCUUUAGUUUGAGUAUCAUUUGUGGGGACAACUAUCCUGAUGUGCCUCCUCUUGUCAAGUUUGAAUCGAAGAUCAACCUUCCCUGCGUGAAUGCCCAAGGCCUCGUCGACUUUGCCCGUAUCGCCACGAUCGCUAGGUGGAACAGGAACUUUACUCUCGAGACUGUGCUUGUCGAGUUGAGACGCGAGAUGGCCUCCCCCGCCAACCGAAAGACCUCACAACCUCCCGAGGGCGUCGAAUUCCCUCCCGUCGACCUCAUAGCUCUCGCCCGGCAGCGUGGCCUCUGA